AUGCCUAAACUGGUAAAUCGGAAAAGGAAGGCUCAAGAGCAAGAUUCAUACGAUACCCGCCUCCGCCAGACGACCAUGCUAGAGCAACGAGAGGCACAAGCCGCUACCUACAACAAGAGUGAUUGGAUCUAUCAUUUCGUACGGCAUGUGGUCACAGACAAUGUUUCCCUCCGAAGGUCCUGUUCGCCGGCACUUCUCAAUCUUGCAACCUACCGCAACCCGGCACUAUCGCCAUGGUUUCCCCAGAGCCCAAGGACCACACGCGAUUGGAUCACACAGACGUAUGCAGCUGCGAAGCCACGUAUCGCGGCGUUGCUAGCUCAUGCGAAAAGUCGGAUCACUAUCAGCUUCGAUGGGUGGAAGAGCGAAAAUGAGGUGGAUCUUUUGGCCAUCAUGGCGCACUUUCUGGACGCGGACUUCAAACCGAAGGUGGUACUUCUGAGUCUCAGAAACACGUACGGGUCUCAUGCUGGGGACGAGAUCAAACAACAGCUAUACGACGUUCUUACCGAGUACAAGAUUCUCGAUCGUAUCGCCUUCUUCAUGGCCGACAACGCUACCAGUAACGACAAGGCUCUCAAGCUCCUUGCCGAAGUCACCGACAUCAAUCCGAUCAAACAACGCCUUCGCUGCACCGGCCACGUUAUCAACCUUGUUUGUAAAGCUAUUCUUUACGGCGUCGAUGUCGACUGUGUUGCAGACGUACUCUCGGACGCCAAGUACGACGUCGAACACAGUGAUGACCCUGAUGCUGGUAUAGGCACGUCUACUGUCUCCAAGUUCGAGGAGGCACUACGGACGAAGAAUGAACGAUUGAAGCUUGCAGCUUGGAGAAAGAAAGGGCCUAUUGGCAAGCUACAUAACCUCAUACUACACGCGCGCGCCACACCCGCACGACGAGCGUUCUUCAAGAGUAAGCAGAAAGAGGCUAUGCCGGAUGCUGAGCGCUUGUUACACCUUGUUAUCAACGGCGGUAUCAAAUGGAAUAGCACGUGCGAUAUGCUCGAGCGUGCAUUCAUUCUGAAGGAUGCCAUUGAUCUGUAUCAAGCUCACUACCGUACGGAUGACGAAGAACCUGUCGAAGAAGACGUCCUCACAACGGAUGACUGGACCGAGCUGAAGCAACUUCACGAUCUACUCAUACCUUUGAGAUCUCAAUCGCUCCUUGUGCAAUCUGAGUUUGGUACAAGCAAACAUGGCGCACUUUACGAUGCCCUUGGAACCAUCGACUUUUUGAUGACGAAGCUUGAAAAUUUGAAGAAAGAGCACCGACAUCUGCCGUCAACCCACUUCAAAGCUUCAAUCAAUCUGGGGUGGAAGAAGCUCAACAAGUACUAUACGCUUACAGAUCAAGUACCUGCGUACAGAGCUUCAAUCUUUGCGCAUCCCCACUUCAAAAUGGCGUGGUUCAAAAGCAAGUGGGGCGGUACUCAUCCGGCAUGGAUCAGUGCAGCUACGAAGGCUUUGAAAGGAAUGUAUAGCCAGUACGAGGUUCAAUUUGGCAAAGAGAGCCGCCCAACAUCUCCAACCAGAGUCAAUGCAGACGUGUCCGAGUACGAAGCUUAUAUGUGUAUCGAAGACGAGUUUAGUAACAGAGGCGACUAUGUGCAAUACGCGGAGGAGACCCGCGCACCUUCGAAGGUAGAUCCUCUGAGGUGGUGGGUCGAGAAUUGUCAUCGUUAUCCAAUACUCAACCAUAUGGCAUUCGAUCUUCUCGCUGCGCCGGCUAGCAGCGCUGCAGAUGAACGGUUGUUCAGUAAGGCACAGCAUGUGCUCAACGAGGAUCGAUUCAACACGCUUGAUGAUCUGGCAGAAUCGACGCAGUGUCUUAAGAACUGGUUCGAGCAAGGACUACUAGACUCACUGAAUCUGAGAUAUCAGGAAGCACAAGAUAAAUUAGAGCAAGACAGUGUACCUCAUUCCUGA